GUUAAGAGUUAGGUUAACAAUUAGCAUUAAACAAUACAUUAUGCUGAAUAGUGGCCACACCAACCCAUGCUUGUAGCAUGCAGAGCGUCUUCUUGCCAGCAACGGAGUGUGGAAGUUCUGACGAUGUUUUUAUCGGCGCUGACAACGAAGAGAAAGAGGUUGAGGAUGAGGUUGCCACCCCCCGUACUUUGCGACCUCGAAAACUUGCUCCUACGGUGACGAAACGAGAUCUAACCAAGCAGAUUCGAGAGGUGGUAGCUCGAAGACAUCAUAGUUUAGAUGAAAAGCUAUUCCUGGAUGAGCACUGUUCGCUGGUGAAAGCUGUACGUGCCAGAGCCUCCAGCUACUCAAAGCUUAAGCAACGUUCACAAGAAGUUUUUGAUGAUCCAGUCACGUUACAUGCAAAAUGCAUUGAUUUGGCCAAAGCACUUCAGACUGCUAAGCAUGCUGUAGUUUACACUGGUGCUGGGAUAAGCACAGCAGCAAACAUACCGGACUACAGAGGAACAAAUGGAGUUUGGACUCGUCUUAAAUCAGGAAAGGAUGUUAAUUCAUGUCAAAACUUGGUGAGUGCUGUUCCCACAUUCACUCAUAUGUGUAUAGAAGCAUUGGUAAGGCACCACAUUGUUCAACAUGUUGUUUCCCAAAACUGUGACGGUCUUCACGUACGUAGUGGGGUGCCAUCGGAUAAAUUAUCAGAACUGCAUGGAAACAUGUUUUGUGAAAUUUGUCCAAAUUGUGAUGCUACAUAUUAUCGUUUAUUUGACGUCACUGAACAUACUGCGUUAAGAAGACAUUCUACAGGACGUACAUGCGAUAAAUGCAACGAGGGUUUGAAAGAUACGAUUGUUCAUUUUGGUGAACGUAGUGAUGCAAGAUGGCCACAUAACUGGGAAAGCGCUGAAUCGAAUGCAUAUGAUGCUGAUCUUAUUUUGUGUCUUGGUUCAAGUCUUAAGGUGUUGAGAUCUUACAAGCAACUGUGGCUGACUGAAAGAACAAAGAGAAAUCGACCAAAGCUGUACAUUGUAAACUUGCAAUGGACUCCAAAAGACUCCCAAGCUACCUCAAAAAUAAAUGGAUCUGUAGAUGAAGUAAUGAAGAUAGUUAUGUUGUAUUUGUCCAUUGUCCCUGCUGUAUAUUUUCAACAUACAGAUUCCUUGUGGGGCUUAGCAAGGCAACCAAAACUAAAUGAACUUUCAACGUUUACGACAACAAGCAUCACCUACCCGAUCUCAACAGCUCAUCAAAGCUCUCUGUCAGAACAAAGCAACAUCAUUAAUACUCACGUAUGUUCCGCAAACAGAACUGCUUCAUGGCCAGGUCCAGCCCUAAUUCCGCAGCCAAUAGAAUCACCCAAUUUUUUGUCCGACACCAAUAGAGAAAAUGUCCUUGAUGAAAAGCCCUACCUCGUUCCUGCUGUAACACAUUCCCAGUACCCCAGUGCUAGCUCCCAAGUCACAGGGCAGUCAGUCGUUAGUGUAGCAGAUAUGUCAUCUAAGGUAGAACAGCAAACGCUUAGUCAGCAAUGUGUUGUAAGUCCGGCUCCCUCAUGGUUUGGUAAAGGAUAUCGAAGUAAAGUUAAUAAGAAGAAUGGUUUCAAGAAAAGAGGGAAACGAAAAUUAUCAUGAGCCUCAAAACUCUUUUACUUUUACUGUGUUUUGUAUUCAUUCACUAAUGGCAUUUUAUUUUUUUAUUCGAAAUAAAAAAAGUUUUUUCCUUUUCUGAAUUUUUCUAUUGUCUUUUAUGUACGAUUGAUCUUUUGUUUCAUACUCACUUCAAGGUCUGUGUUUUGUAAUCUUGUCCAUUCCCUGUUGUUUUAUACACUUUGUUGCAUGUGAAAACAAUUUUCUUGUUUUCGUUUCGCAAUUAUUUUAUUGUAUGUACCAGUGUUAGAACACUUUUUACGCAACAUCACUGUUAAUAAAAUAAAUAGAGUACAAAUGCAUGU